UUAAACGCCAAUAUUCAAAAGUCGCUGAAAAAUUACUUAAAAAUAUUUUAACAAACAGAUCGAUUGUUAUUUUGCUCAUGAAUGUUCCUGUUUCGGUAGUUGAAGUUUAUUACUUACAUGAUACCUAUUGACCAUCUUUUGACACAUUGUAAAAAAUGAAACUUUUAUUUGUUUUAAUAUCAUUUGCAUUGGUCGGCCAUGUUUUGGUCGCUGAAUUAGAGGAAUAUAUUGAGCAGGUUACCUUAACAAACGAUGACAUCAAGCAAGCAAAAGAAUUCAUGCCGACAAUAAUUAAAAAUAUGAUUGUGAGGCCUGAUGUAUAUGGGAUAGAGGCAAUGGUGAUGAUGUUGGCAAUGCCGGAGAAACUUGAAUGUGUAUUGCAAAAACCAAAAUUUAUUUACGAAAUCCCCAAACCUGGAAGUAGUGUAAACCGAGAUCCAGGUCAAAAAAUAAUGUAUUUUAAAGACAAGUUAGAGUUCCAGAAAAUGAUGCAAUCAGCAAUAAGUGCUGUAAAAACUUCAAGUCUAGAUCCAUAUCUAGAUCCAAAUCAAGCUCCAAAUCUAGCUCCAAGUCUAGAUCCAAAUCAAAAUCUUGAUCCGCCAACUGUUCUCCUAAGAGCUCUAAAUCUAGAUCCAAAUCAAAAUCCAAAUCUAGCUUCAAGUUCAGAUCCAAAUCAAAAUCUUGGCCUAUCAACUGUUCUCCCUAGAGAACGUAUCGAUGCACCUACAAAAUUUAAAAAAGAAAAUUUAGCCGGUCUUUUAAUAGAGAGAAGAAUUCAACCUAUAGGAACUCAUAGAAUCAUCCGUUCAUUGGCUCUGACUUCUUUGGGAAGUGCAAGAAGAGUUAUGACUUUGGAAGCAAUUACAACAGUAUUACGUCAAGACGAUCCACAUUUCCAGAAUUUGGAGAUGAUGUGUCGUUUAGCAGGUGUAUUUAGAAGUAUUAAAUACAGUACAUACAUAUACAAUAUUGAAAUGGUCAACGGCUAUUGCUUUAUAAUAGAUGAAACGUUCAGUGGCGGCCACGUAUAUACAUUCUUUGAAAAUGAGUUUUGGAAAGUUGAUACAGAAACAUGGUCUCGAGCUACGCGUUUUUCUUCUGAGUAUCAAUAAUUUGCACCAGAAAUUAUAAU